AGGAACACAUCACUUCUUCAACAGAUUUCUGCACACUCCACCUCAAACUGCAGCUGAGAUCACAGCGAUGAAUCCUCAAGGUUACCCGAGUGCUUCGGUUCCACUGCAGGGGGUGCCGUAUGGACAGCCUCAAGCCUCAAUGGUUCAGUACACCACUGUGAACGUCAUCGAAGAGCCCCCAAAGGACCACAUCAUCUGGUCCAUCUUCAACUUUUUCUAUAUGAACCCUUUUUGCCUCGGACUGGCAGCUCUCAUCUACUCCGUCAAGGCCAGAGACCGGAAGAUGGUUGGAGAUCUGCAAAGGGCCCGACACCACGGUUCCACUGCUCGCAACCUCAACAUCGCCGCCACCGUCCUGAUUGGCCUCACUGUCCUGAUUCUCAUUAUUAUAUUCAGCAUCAUUUCUGCACAGGAAAAUUAUUACUACUACAGAUACAGUUCAUAUGACAGCAGUUACAAUUAUAAUUACAGAGGGUAAAUGUCACAUUGUGUAAGUAAGGCUUGUAGCUUUUCUAGCUUCUUACAUCUUUGUACUUACGUGCUGAAACCAAAAAAAGACCUGCAUUUCAUUGGUGUUACAAGAGACUGUAAUGUAACUCAUCUACAUUUCUCUGUUGACAUUUUAACAUUUACCUCAUAAAUUCUUU